AUGGCCAAGACCCUUAGUGACCAUCUCCUGCACUCCUUGGAGGAUUUAGCACCCUAUGACUUUGAGAAGUUUAAGUUCAAGCUGCAAAACACCAGCCUGGAGAAGGAUCAUCCCCGAAUCCCCAGGGGCCUAGUGCAGCUGGCUAGGCCAGUGAAACUGGCCUCUCUGAUGGUCAAUCAUUACGGGGAGGAAGAUGCCAUUCGGCUGACCCUGCAGGUCCUUCGGGGCAUCAACCAGCGUCUGUUGGCGGAGGAGCUCCUCAAGGCUACUGGUCAGGACUAUCCUAUACAAGAAGUUGGGGCUGAUAGUUCCCCCAUGUCUUGUUCUGAUGAGAGUAAACCCAAGGGCCUGAAGAUACCAGAUGGUCCAGAAGGUGAUGAGCAGUCUCAAAGUGGUGAGGGAAUAGCCAGCCUGCACUCUGUCCAGGCUGAGGCUGGAAAGGGGCCCCAGAAGAAACUCCAAGACAGGCGGAGAGAUCAGAGCCUGGAUGGGCAGGGCAAGCCAGGAAGCAGGAACAUGACACCACUUUCCAAGAGAGGACCAUCCCUGUCUUUGAACAGACUGUCUGGAGAGAAGAGCUGUGGCUCCAGUCCCAGGCUCCGCAGAAAUGCCUGCUCCAGCAGCAUGCUGCAGAAUCUCUCCAGGCAUUCCUUUUCUGGGACCCUGGGAAGGAGAGAACCCAAGAGAACAGAACCCAAGAAGAGACCCAAAAGUCUUGAAUUUGCUGAUUCUUCAGGAGGGGGAGGCCCCCUAAAUCCAGAAACUCUGCUGACUCUAAAGGAAAUAAUAAUUGUGACUCCAGACUCUGAAACCACCCCCAAGAUGAAGACCAUGCUAGGUGUUGAGACUUCAGUGGCUCCCGAGAAAGGUUCCAGGAAUCCAGAACAUUCUGUGAUUCAGGAGGGAGGAAUAUUCAGAAAUGCAUUGACUGAUAUAUCCUUAACUGGAGGAACAAAAAUUCAGGAGCAUCCAGUACCCUUGGAGGAAAAGAAAAAUGGGGUUCCAGAGACCCCCCAAAAGCUCUGUGAAUCUUCAAAUCUAGAAGCUCUUUCAACAUCAGAGAAGAGAAGAUCCCAGAAUUUGAGACAUGUGGCAUCCUUAGCAGAACUGGCUGGUGGUCCCUCUGUGCAUGGCUCCAUCAGCUGCUCCGAGGAUCAUGGGGCCUCCAUCCGUCACUCACUCAGCUGCUCCCAGUGCCAGGCCCCGCUCCUGAGGAAACAGCAGAAGCUGCCACAGUGCCUCAGCCCUGAGCCCCCACCCCAGUGUGAACGUCAUAUGAAGCAGCCCUGUCUGCUCUUCUGCGAGGACCACAGGCAGUCCAUCUGCCUCAUCUGCAGCCUGAGUCAGGAGCACCGAGGCCACCAGGUGCGCCCCAUCGAGGAGGCUGCUCUAGAAUACCAGGAGCAAAUUCACUGGCAGCUGGAGCAUCUGAAGGAGCUGAGAAAAUCCGGGGAGGAGCAGAAAUCUCAGGGAAAUAAGGAGACAGCCAACUUCCUGAAACAAACUGAAGCUCAGAAGCAGAAGGUCCAGUGUCAGAUGAAGCAGCUGUGUCGCUUCCUGGAGAAGCAGGAACAACUGUUUGUGGCCUGGCUGGAAGAUGUUGGCCAGAUCAUUGGUCAGAUGGGAGAGGAGUACGGCAGCCGGGUGUCCCGGGACAUCGCUCUUCUGGAUGAGCUCAUUGGAGAGUUAGAGGCCAGGCAGCACCAGCCAGCCUGGGGACUUGUGCAGGACAUCGGAGCCACCCUACACAGGGCCAAGAUGGUGACUAUCCCAGAGCGGUGGGCCACCCCUUCCGAGGUGAAAGAGAAGCUCCACCUCUCCUACCACAAAUCUGACUUUAUGGAGAAGAGCAUGAAGCGCUUCUCCGAAAGUCUGAGUUCGGAAAUGGAAAUGCUCAUUGCUUCAAAACUAAAAGCUGCUCAGGCACAUGCAGUUGAUGUGAUUCUGGAUGCAGAAACUGCCCAUCCCAACCUCAUCUUCUCUGAUAAUCUGAAGAGUGUGAGACUUGGCAACAAGCAUCACUGCCUGCCUGAACACCUGGAAAGAUUUGACAGCUGCUUUCUGGCCCUGGGCAUUCCCACCUUCCUCUCCGGUCGUCAGUACUGGGAGGUGGAGGUAGGAGAUAAGACAAGCUGGAUCCUGGGAGUGUGCAAAGCAUCCAUGAAUCGCAAGGGGAGCGUAACUCUGUCAACUGAGAAUGGCUACUGGGUGGUGAUGAUGACAAUGCAAAAAGAGUACCAGGUCUCCACCUUCCCCCCAACUCAUCUCUGGAUAAAAGAACCACCACGACGGGUGGGCAUCUUCCUUGACUGUGAGACAGGAGAGAUUGCCUUUUACAACAUGACAGCCAAAUCUCAUAUUUACACAUUUACCUGUUGCUCACCCUCAGGGCCUCUUCAACCUAUCUUUGGCCCUGGUACCAAAGAUGGUGGGAAGAACAUGGACCCUCUGACCAUCUGUCCAGUGUGUGUUCAGAAAUCCUACUGA